UGCAGAAUAUCGAAAACGUAAGCGAGCAAGAGAGGAGGAAGCACGUAGGCUCUCCAAUAACGAUAAGAACUGGCUCACAACACCUGCUCAGUAACAGGAGGCGCCGGGUGUUGUGUGUCUCCGGUAACCUAGCAACGGUGACGUCAUUCACAGCCGCCCGAUGCUGUGGACGCCGGCGUUUCUCCCGCCCGCCGCAGCCGUCUGACUGAACUGAGGAGGAAAGGGUAUUUAAGCUGUGCAUGGAAAUUAUGGAGUAUACGUGAAAUAAAAAGCAGAGUUCCCAACACAGGACUGAGCGGCAUAUAUGAGGCCUCAUUAGGAAUACUACAAAGCUGAUUGUGGACACACUGGACUGUCUGAGAUGUUUGCCUUAAACCCACAGCACACGGCUAAGUGUUUGCACCUAUGGAAGCGUACAUUCUAUAGACCUUUGUCCACCCGGAAGUGGCUCGGGGCAGCUCUGUGUGGAUGCUCCUGUGUAUUACGAAUUAUACAUCCGGUGACUCGAUCACAGACUGUGCAGUUUAGCUCUAAAAAGGAAAGAAUUGACAUGUCUGAAUAUGAUGUAGAUUAUAUUAGGAAUUUUAGCAUAAUAGCACAUGUGGAUCAUGGGAAAAGUACUCUCGCUGACAGACUUCUUGAAAUAACAGGCUGUAUUCCGAAAGCAUCCUCCAAUAAGCAAGUGCUGGAUAAGCUGCAGGUAGAGAGAGAGCGAGGAAUCACAGUGAAGGCUCAGACUGCAUCACUUUUUUACACUUUUGAAGGAAAAAGAUAUCUCCUAAACCUAAUUGAUACACCGGGUCAUGUAGAUUUUAGCUAUGAAGUUUCAAGGUCCCUAUCUGCUUGUCAAGGUGUCCUGCUGGUGGUUGAUGCAAAUGAGGGUAUUCAGGCACAGACGGUGGCAAACUUCUUUCUCGCCUUUGAAGCGCAGCUUUCAAUUAUUCCUGUCAUAAACAAGAUCGAUUUAAAGAAUGCAGACCCUGAGAGAGUGGAGAAGCAAAUUGAAAAGAUGUUCGACAUUCCAGCCAGUGAUUGCAUUAGGAUCUCUGCAAAAUUUGGAACAAAUGUGGAAACAGUUCUUCAAGAAGUUGUUAGAAAACUCCCACCACCUAAAGUAGAAAGAGGUGGUCCCUUUAAAGCCCUGCUCUUUGACUCCAUGUUCGAUCACUACAGAGGUGUUGUAGCCAGUAUUGCCAUCUUUGGUGGGGAAGUGUGCAAAGGCAACAAAAUUGUGUCUGUUCACACUGGCAAGAGCUAUGACGUCAAUGAGGUUGGCAUCCUGACUCCUGAAGAAAUGCCAACUGAUAAAUUAUGUGCUGGGCAGGUAGGUUACCUGGUCGCUGGAAUGAAAGCAGUACAGGAAGCACAAAUAGGUGACACAUUCCAUCUAUACAAGCAGCCUGUGGAGCCACUGCCAGGAUUCAAGGAUGCAAAGCCUAUGGUAUUUGCGGGUAUGUUUCCAGUCGACCAGUCGGAGUACAGCAAUUUGAAAAAUGCUCUAGAUAAGCUGACCUUGAAUGAUUCCAGUGUCUCUGUCAGCCGGGACAGUAGCGCUGCACUGGGGGCUGGCUGGAGGUUGGGCUUUCUUGGCCUCUUACACAUGGAGGUCUUUAACCAGCGGCUGGAGCAAGAAUACAACGCGUCUGUCAUAAUGACGGCACCUACAGUCCCAUACAGAGCUGUGCUGUCUUCACAGAAACUGAUAAAGGAAUAUGGAGCACAAGAGAUAACCAUUGUAAACCCAACUGCAUUUCCUGAUAAAACUGUGGCAUCGGCAUAUCUUGAGCCUAUGAUACUGGGUACAAUUAUUUCACCGGAUGAACACCUUGGAAAAAUAAUGUCUCUCUGUCAGUCCCGACGAGCGGAACACAAAAGUUUGAUAUAUAUUGAUGAUCACAGAAUCAUGUUAAAAUAUCUGUUUCCUUUAAAUGAAGUCGUGGUGGAUUUUUAUGAUAAUCUAAAAUCUCUCUCUUCUGGAUAUGCAAGCUUUGACUAUGAAGAUGCAGGUUACCAAGCCGCAGAUCUGAUCAAAAUGGACAUUUUACUAAAUGGGUGUGCUGUUGAAGAAUUGGUGACUAUCGCAAAUAGGGAAAAGGCGUAUGAAGUUGGUAAAGCGAUCUGUGAAAAGCUACGAGAUGCUAUACCAAGGCAACUGUUUGAAAUAGCUGUUCAGGCAGCUAUCGGUAGCAAGAUAAUAGCGAGAGAAACAAUUAAAGCCUAUAGGAAGAAUGUCUUGGCCAAAUGUUAUGGUGGUGACAUCUCAAGAAAAAUGAAGUUGCUGAAGCGGCAAGCUGAAGGGAAGAAGAAGAUGCGGAGAAUCGGCAAUGUGGAAGUGCCUAAAGACGCAUUUAUCAGUGUGUUAAAGAGACAGCCGGACAAGUGACACCAGAAAGUGACUGCUAUCACAUUUCUUCACUAUCGGAGGACAAUCUGAACCUUGUCCCAAUGGCUUUGUCUGCAGAGCAUCCUUAAGUGUUGGGAUCAAAGAAGGAGGAAGAAACAUUGCCUACCCAAUUUUGAUGAUUUGUUCCUAAUGUUUUUUCUGAGCAAAUGGAUGAUAUUUAAUUUACCUCAACAACAAUGGCUGUUUCCUGCCAGGGACUUAUGAUGGAAAAUAAGAUAUUCAGUGCUGAAUGACUUCUGCACAGUGUUUGCUAGAUAUUUAUUUAAUAAUAAAGUGAGGCAGAAAUUGCAUGCUUUCCCGUUGUAUAGGGCAGGCUAUGGAACGGUUCACACAUAAACGGGAAAGACCCUCAUCCUUUCUAAUUAAGAAUUGGGAAAGCGGCAAGACAUAAAUUAGAUAAACAGUAGAUGUUAGCUGAUGGAUAUAUAUUUUAGAUGUCAUUUUCAAGGUUAUGUUAUGCUAAACAGGAGCAUAAUGUAAACAUGCAGCUUGAAGUUGUGAAUGCAUCCCAUUAAAAAUAUUGUGUGUGUGUGUGUAUGUAUAUAUAUAUAUAUAUAUAUAUAUACACACACACACACACCCUAUCUCAGAGAUGUACCUAGUUUAUAAAGCAGCUGCUGUAUGAAAAUAUGCUAAUACCGCAGGAGGUGUCUUAUGACCCUUGGGUUACUCAAGAUGGCCACUGUAAUCAUGCAGCAGAGGCCAGGAAAUCUGUCACCAGACACAAACCCUGGCUUGAGCAGGCCUAUAAAGUGGGGCCAACACACUGGCCUUACCCGCCCCCAUAUGGCCACAUCAAUCAUGCUGCGGAUUAGGGGGCACUGCAACCAUCGUCAUCUCCAGUGAUCUGCACAUGCUAAUCCUGCGCAGUUCAGUAACCAUCUGAGAUGUAUGCAGGACCUGAUCAGGCCCAUAGUGCCUAAUUAUCAUUUAAUGCCCCCCUCAUCUGCCAAGAUGUUAUUAUGACCUUUUAAUAUUAGGCACCACAGGGUGAAUGCAGUGCCGUACAAGGGUUAACCAAAAACGUACACCGUAUAAAUACAAACAUUGCAAUAAAACCGCACACAGAGUGACAAGUACAGGAAAAAGGGUAGGACAUCUCGCUGUAACUAGAGUCAGCAGGCCAUGGUGAGUCACAGAAGGCACAACAGCUCGCAAUGAUCCUGUACCCAACAUAUGGGCGAGCAGAGAGAAACAGGGUAGCAAAGGGGGGAGGAGGAGACAAAAGACAAGGAGCAUUGGUGUUAAGGAUAGUGCAGGACAGGAGAAGGAACAAGGGGGACCAGGGCCCUUCCUGAGAGCUACAUUCUAAAGGGAUGGGAUAGACAGAGGAUGAACUGGUUAGGAGACAAGAUGGGUAGGAGAAGGAGUUAGGAUAAGGACAGAUAGGCUUUAGUUAAGCUAGGGACAGUUGAAGAAAGUCUGACUUGGUGAGGGACAGUAUUCCAGAGGAGAGGGAAACAGGAGAAAUCUUGGAUGCAGGCAUCGGAAGAGUAACCAGAGUAGAUGUGAAGUGUCUGUAGGAACUAGUUUAAACUGGAUUCCGAGGGCUGUAGGUAACCAGUAUAAGAGGUUGCAGAGAGAAAGAGGCAAAUACUGUGUGGCGAGGGAGAAAACGAGUUGUGGGAGGCAGCGGUAGAGACUGAGAAUGAUGAGUUGGAGAGGUACCAGGAGAUCCAAGAGAAGACAGUCAUGGAGCAUAUGAAAGAAUAGAAUAUGGUCACUAGUGUCAAAGGCGGUAAACAGAUUAAGGAGGAUGAGCAUAUGGAAGUCCACCUGAGAUUCAGUGUUUAGAAUGUCAUUGGUGAUCAUUGUGAGAAAAUUUUCAGUUUAGUAGUGGUGUGGGAUACUGAAUAGGUUUGAGAAGAAAAAUCCUUUCAUGGAACUUGAAGGCAAAGGGGAGGAGAGAGUAACGGCUGAGCAUGAGUUUAAGGACAUGGUGGUCUAUUUAUUGGAGAGAAAGUAAAGUGCAGAGAGAUAAAGUACCAGCCAAUCAGCUCCUAACUGCCAUGUUACUGGCCGUGUUUGAAAAAUGACCGCUGGUUGCUGGUAUUUUAUCUCUCAACACUUUCUCUCUCUCUCCAAUGCUUAGUAAAUAGACCCCAUGGUGAGACAAGGACAUGUUUUAAGGAGAUAUGAUUCCUGAACUGUAUGACGUAGAAGGCUAGAUUCACGUCAGAUUAAUGGGCAAAAGUUAUGUCUAGGAAGUGCAGGAAACGGCCCAGCUGAAAUUCUUCCGUUGGGGCCUUCCUGGCCUCACACCACGCAAUAUAUUUUCGCCAUAUGCGGUGAUAAUGGUUUGCGGUUACUUCUUUCCUAGCUUAAAUCAGCGUAGGAAUGACUUCCUCCGGAAUGCCCUUUUCCUUCAGGAUCCGGUGUUCAACCGCCAUGCCGUCAAACGCAGCCGCGGUAAGUCUUGGAACAGACAGGGCCCCUGCUGCAGCAGGUCCUGUCUGAGCGGCAGAGGCCAUGGGUCCUCUGAGAUCAUUUCUUGAAGUUCCGGGUACCAAGCUCUUCUUGGCCAAUCCGGAACAAUGAGUAUAGUUCUUAAUCCUCUUCUCCUUAUUAUCCUCAGUACCUUUGGUAUGAGAGGAAGAGGAGGGAACACAUAAACCGACCGGUACACCCACGGUGUCACUAGAGCGUCCACAGCUAUCGCCUGCGGGUCUCUUGACCUGGCGCAAUACUUUUCUAGCUUUUUGUUUAGGCGGGACGCCAUCAUGUCCACCUGUGGCCUUUCCCAACGGUUUACAAUCAGUUGGAAGACUUCUGGAUGAAGUCUCCACUCUCCCGGGUGGAGGUCGUGCCUGCUGAGGAAGUCUGCUUCCCAGUUGUCCACUCCCGGAAUGAACACUGCUGACAGUGCUAACACGUGAUUUUCCGCCCAUCGGAGAAUCCUUGUGGCUUCUGCCAUCGCCGUCCUGCUUCUCGUGCCGCCCUGUCGGUUUACAUGGGCGACCGCCGUGAUGUUGUCUGACUGGAUCAGUACCGGCUGGUUUUGAAGCAGGGGUUUUGCCUGACUUAGGGCAUUGUAAAUGGCCCUUAGUUCCAGAAUAUUUAUGUGCAGGGAAGUCUCCUGACUUGACCAUAGUCCUUGGAAGUUUCUUCCCUGUGUGACUGCCCCCCAGCCUCGAAGGCUGGCAUCCGUGGUCACCAGGACCCAGUCCUGUAUGCCGAAUCUGCGGCCCUCUUGAAGAUGAGCACUCUGCAGCCACCACAGCAGAGACACCCUUGUCCUUGGAGACAGGGUUAUCAGCCGAUGUAUCUGAAGAUGCGAUCCGGACCACUUGUCCAACAGGUCCCACUGAAAGGUUCUUGCAUGGAACCUGCCGAAUGGAAUUGCUUCGUAGGAAGCUACCAUCUUUCCCAGGAUCCGCGUGCAGUGAUGUACCGACACCUGUUUUGGUUUUAGGAGGCCUCUGACUAGAGAUGACAGCUCCUUGGCCUUCUCCUCCGGGAGAAACACUUUUUUCUGUUCUGUGUCCAGAACCAUCCCCAGGAACAGUAGACGUGUCGUAGGGACCAGCUGUGACUUUGGAAUAUUUAGAAUCCAGCCGUGCUGUUGUAGCACCUCCCGAGAUAGUGCUACCCCGACCAACAACUGCUCCCUGGACCUCGCCUUUACCAGGAGAUCGUCCAAGUACGGGAUAAUUAAAACUCCCUUCUUUCGAAGGAGUAUCAUCAUUUCGGCCAUUACCUUGGUAAAGACCCUCGGAGCCGUGGAUAGACCGAACGGCAACGUCUGGAAUUGGUAAUGACAAUCCUGUACCACAAAUCUGAGGUACUCCUGGUGAGGAUGGUAAAUGGGGACAUGCAGGUAAGCAUCCUUGAUGUCCAGUGAUACCAUGUAAUCCCCCUCGUCCAGGCUUGCAAUAACCGCCCUGAGCGAUUCCAUCUUGAACUUGAAUUUUUUUAUAUAUGUGUUCAAGGAUUUCAAAUUUAAAAUGGGUCUCACCGAACCGUCUGGUUUCGGUACCACAAACAUUGUGGAAUAGUAACCCCGUCCUUGUUGAAGUAGGGGCACCUUUACUAUCACAUGUUGUGAAUACAGCUUGUGAAUUGCCUGUAACACUGCCUCCCUGCCUGAGGGAGUGGUUGGUAAGGCAGAUUUGAGGAAACGGCGGGGGGGAGACGUCUCGAAUUCCAGCUUGUACCCCUGAGAUACUACUUGAAAUAUCCAAGUGUCCACCCGUGAGCGAGCCCACUGAUUGCUGAAAUAUUUGAGACGGGCCCCCACCGUACCUGGCUCCGCCUGUGGAGCCCCAGCGUCAUGCUGUGGACUUAGAGGAAGCGGAGGAGGACUUUUGCUCCUGUGAACUGGCUGUAUGCUGCAGCUUUUUCCCUCUGCCUCUGGGCAGAAAGGACGCGCCCUUAACCCGCUUGCCCCUAUUGGGCCGAAAGGACUGUACCUGAUAAUACGGUGCUUUCUUUGGCUGUGAGGGAACAUGGGGUAAAAAUGUAGACUUCCCAGCUGUUGCUGUGGAAACGAGGUCCGAGAUACCAUCCCCGAACAACUCCUCACCCUUAUAAGGCAGAACUUCCAUGUGCCUUUUAGAAUCUGCAUCUCCUGUCCACUGCCGAGUCCAUAACCCUCUCCUGGCAGAAAUGGACAUUGCACUAAUUUUUGAUGCCAGCCGACAAAUAUCCCUCUGUGCAUCCCUCAUAUAUAAAAGUGCGUCUUUAAUAUGCUCUACCAGUCUAGGGUAUCAAUAUUUUCCGACAGGGAAUCUGACCACGCAGCUGCAGCACUGCACAUCCAUGCUGAAGCAAUAGCUGGUCUCAGUAUAACACCUGUGUGUGUGUGUGUAUAUAUAGAUUUCAGGAUAGCCUCCUGCUUUCUAUCAGCGGAUUCCUUCAGGGCGGCCGUAUCCGGAGACGGUAGUGCCACCUUCUUUGACAAGCGUGUGAGCGCUUUAUCCACCCUAGGGGAUGUUUCCCAACGUGCCCUAUCCUCUGGCGGGAAAGGGUACGCCAUUAGUAACCUCUUAGAAAUUACCAGUUUCUUAUCAGGGGAAGCCCACGCUUCUUCACACACUUCAUUUAACUCCUCAGAUGGAGGAAAAGCUACUGGUAGUUUUUUCUCUCCAAACAUAAUACCCUUUUUUGUGGUACCUGGGGUAACAUCAGAAAUGUGCAACACAUUUUUCAUUGCCUCAAUCAUGUAACGUGUGGCCCUACUGGAAGUUACAUUAGUCUCAUCGUCGUCGACACUGGAGUCAGUAUCCGUGUCGACAUCUGUGUCUGCCAUCUGAGGUAGCGGGCGUUUUAGAGCCCCUGAUGGGUUUUGAGACGCCUGGGCAGGCACAGGCUGAGAAGCCGGCUGUCCCACAUUUGGUAUGUUGUCAAACCUUUUAUGCAAGGAGUCGACACUGUCGCGUAAUUCCUUCCACAGCACCAUCCACUCAGGUGUCGACCCCGCAGGGGGUGACAUCACAUUUAUCGGCAUCUGCUCCGCCUCCACAUAAGCCUCCUCAUCAAACAUGUCGACACAGCCGUACCGACACACCGCAUACACACAGGGAAUGCUCUGACAGAGGACAGGACCCCACAAAGCCCUUUGGGGAGACAGAGAGAGAGUAUGCCAGCACACACCAGAGCGCUAUAUAACACAGGGAUCCCACUAUAAAUGAGUGUUUUCCCUUAUAGCUGCUUAUUUUAUAUAUACUGCGCCUAAAUUUAGUGCCCCCCCUCUCUUUUUUACCCUUAUGUAGCUUGACAACUUCAGGGGAGAGCCAGGGAGCGUCCUUCCAGCGGAGCUGUGAGGGAAAAAUGGCGCCAGUGUGCUGAGGGAGAUAGCCCCGCCCCUUUUCCGGCGGACUUCUCCCGCUUUUUCUGGAAUUCUGGCAGGGGUAUUUUUACACCUAUAUAGCCUUUCUGACUAUAUAUGGUGUAGAUUUGCCAGCCAAGGUGUCUUUUAUAUUGCCCUCAAGGCGCCCCCCCCCCAGCGCCCUGCACCUAUCAGUGACCGGAGUGUGAGGUGUGCAUGAGGAGCAAUGGCGCACAGCUGCAGUGCUGUGCGCUACCUUGUUGAAGACAGAAGUCUUCUGCCGCCGAUUUUCCGGAACACUUCUUGCUUCUGGCUCUGUAAGGGGGCCGGCGGCGCGGCUCCGGGAACGAACACCAAGGUCGGGUCCUGCGGUCGAUCCCUCUGGAGCUAAUGGUGUCCAGUAGCCUAAGAAGCCCAAACUACCACCAGUUAGGUAGGUUCGCUUCUUCUCCCCUUAGUCCCUCGCUGCAGUGAGUCUGUUGCCAGCAGAUCUCACUGUAAAAUAAAAAGUAUAUUUUAGGUUUUCUUUCUAGGAGCUCAGGAGAGCCCCUAGUGUGCAUCCAGCUCAGCCGGGCACAAGAUUCUAACUGAAGUCUGGAGGAGGGUCAUAGUGGGAGGAGCCAGUGCACACCAGUAGUCUAAAGCUUUCUUUUAGUUGUGCCCAGUCUCCUGCGGAGCUGCUAUUCCCCAUGGUCCUUAUGGAGUCCCAGCAUCCACUUAGGACGUCAGAGAAUAAAUAUAUAUUUUUAAAUUAAUGUGUCUGGACAGCGCUUCCUAUUAAAACCUUGGUUUUAAUUAUUGUUUAUCUUCUUAAUAUGGACCAGUCAUCCUGUCCCCUUUGCAGAAAAGCAGCCCCAAAGCAUGAUGUGUCCAGCCCCAUGCUUCACAGUGGGUAUGGUGUUCUUGGGAUGCCAUUCAUCAUUCUCCUCCCUCCAAACACGGUGAGGGGAUUUUAUACCAAAAAGUUUAAUUUUGCUCUCAUCUGACCACAUGACAUUCUCCCAAUCCUCCUUUGGAUCAUCCAGGUGGUCACUGGCAAACUUUAUACGGGCCUGGACAUGUGCUGGCUUAAGCAGGGGGACCUUUCGGGCGCUGCAGGAUUUCAAUCCAUGACGACGUAGUGUGUUACUAAUGGUAACCUUUGUAACUGUGGUCCCAGCUUUCUUGAGAUCAUUGACCAGCUCCCCCUGUGUAGUUCUGGGCUGAUUCCUCACCGUUCUCAAGAUCAUUGAUACCUUACAAGGUGAGAUCUUGCAUGGAGCCCUAGGUCGAGGGAGAUUGUCAGUGAUCUAGUAUUUCUUCCAUUUUUUUAUAAUUGCGCCAACAGUUGAUCUCUUCUCACCAAGCUACUUGCCUAUUGUCGAGUAGCUCAUCCCAGCCUUGUGCAGCUCUACAAUUUUGUCCCUGGUGUCCUUAGACAGCUCUCUGGUCUUGGCCAUGGUGGAGAGGUAGCAGUCUGACUGUUUGAGGGUGUGGACAGGUGUCUUUUAUACAGAUAACCAGUUGUGGAGUAUAGAAGAGCUUCUUAAAGAAGUAGUAACAGGUCUGUGAGAGCCAGAAAUCUUGCUGCUUGGUAGGUGUCCAAAUAUUUAUUUUCCACAAGAAUAUACAAGUAAAUUGUUUAAAAAUCAUGCAAUGUGAUUUCCUAGUUUUGUUUUUUUUCAGAUUCUGUCUCUCACCGUUGAAGUGUACCUAUGAUGGAAAUUACAGACCUCGCUCCUCUUUUUAAGUGGGUCAACUUGCACAAUCGGUGACUGUCCAAAUACUUUUUUGCCCUACUGUGUGUAUGUAUAUAUAUAUAUAUAUAUAUAUAUAUAUAUAUACACUCACACAGUCAGUAUCUCAGAAAUCCCAUAUAAAUAGUGAUAACCAGUAUAAAUGCACAAUAAUAUAUGAUUUCCUUCUUUUCAAGUUAAGGGGGUAAUGUCGGCGUAUCUAAAUAUAUUUUGGGGUAAAAGGUAAAAAAGUUUCCUGACACCUGCUCUAGUAUUUAACUAGAACUCCCACUUUUUACCUGUACUAAAACCUGUCCGCAAACAUGGAGAAAGGAUAGAUGCCCGCAUGGCUGGACGAGAGACUCCAACCGCUCAUAAUGGAAAAGCGUAGCUAAUGUGACACCUGAUUUCCAAUUGUAAAGCGCAACGGAAUAUGCUGCGCUAUAUAAGAAACGGUUAAUAAAUAAUUGGAGAACAGAUACAGAGCAUGCACCAAUGUCCUAGUAGUUUGUGUAUAUCGUUCCAUGAGCCAUGAUCGCUCCCAUUCAUACUGUCAGAGCCUUUGAACUGUCAGUUGAGUACAGGGUUACCAGAAACUUCACCAAUGGGUUUCAUGGGGGUGACUUGCUAAAGAGGAAGGCUGUCAAGUAAUGUUUAACACAUUUAUGUGCAAAUCUUAUCUAGCUAAACUGUAUCAUCUUGUUGCAGUAUGGUGGUGACGUCUCAAGAAAAAUGAAGUUGCUGAAGCGGCAAGCUGAAGGGAAGAAGAAGAUGCGGAGAAUCGGCAAUGUGGAAGUGCCUAAAGACGCAUUUAUCAGUGUGUUAAAGAGACAGCCGGACAAGUGACACCAGAAAGUGACUGCUAUCACAUUUCUUCACUAUCGGAGGACAAUCUGAACCUUGUCCCAAUGGCUUUGUCUGCAGAGCAUCCUUAAGUGUUGGGAUCAAAGAAGGAGGAAGAAACAUUGCCUACCCAAUUCCUAAUGUUUUUUCUGAGCAAAUGGAUGAUAUUUAAUUUACCUCAACAACAAUGGCUGUUUCCUGCCAGGGACUUAUGAUGGAAAAUAAGAUAUUCAGUGCUGAAUGACUUCUGCACAGUGUUUGCUAGAUAUUUAUUUAAUAAUAAAGUGAGGCAGAAAUUG